AUGAUGCUACCUGCUUGGUUGGCAAUGCGGACUUUGGCCGAUCGUUUGCACUUCUCAGACCAAAAUAUUACAUAUAUCAUAGACGACAACCAAUGUAGUUGUCCACUUGCUGCUCCAUCAUUUUCACUACUCUCACAUCGACCUGUACUAAACUUUGGCAAUCUCGUGAAUCAAGGCAAAAAAUAUGGUAAAUCUCAUAUUUGCUUUGAUAGAAUGAUCGUUGGAUAUCGUCUUCAGACGCCACUAGAAUAUGCGCAUAACCUUGCUCAUCUUGAAAAUGGUGAUUUAGCCCGCUAUCGCGAUGCAAUAAAAACUCUACAUGGAUUACCUCUGCACGUGAAUAUGUCAGCUGGUGCAUGCAUCGCUCUUCUCGUGCAACGUGGUGUCGAUAGAAGACUUAUACCCGAAAGUAUAAAACAAAUUGUCGAAACACUUCGUGAACGCACACUUUGUACUGUAAAAGUAGCUACAUUCGAGGGUCUACCUAUAGUAGAGCAAGUUCGUCUUGUUGCCACUGCAACAAUUUUUGUUUCUGUUAGCGGCUCUGGAGCUCAACAGUUCAUAUGGCUCCCAGAUGGUGCGGUAUCUUUAAUUAUUAUACAUCCACAACAGCCAUUGAAUGUGAUUGGUCACGGUGGAAUAGGUGGAGGUGGACUAAUAUUAAACGACUUCCUAUGCUGGAAACUUCCCACGAUCCUCUGUCUUCAGGCUGGAGCCAAAGGCAUACAACCGAGAGAGGAUGGUAGAAACAGUAUCCAAAUAGACAAGAAGUUAUUUUCAAAUGCAUUAGACAUGAUUAAAAUGUGGCAUCACAGGGGAAAAUUUGAUCCACGGGAUCCAAGCGAGUAA